AUGCCACCGCGACGGGCGGCAUCACGGGCUGCAUCCAACUCUCAUGACGGCUCCAGCGAAGAUGUUUCUCCACCCUUCUUCAACACCACCUUCUCAACACACCGCGUCUCGCCACUCUUCGUCGGUGCCGAGGGGUUGACGAGCGCGCGACUGCAGCAUCUCGCCCGGCGGCUUCGCGACACGCUCGUGGGCGAUGUCGUGCGCGGUAUUCAGGUUGGACUCGAGGCGGCCGACACGCCUAUGGGGCAGGUCGGUGCGCUGAGGUCGGUGUCGAUUCGAUGGUUCCAAGCCGAGGGGCUGCUUGGUGACGCGGCAGCUGAGGAGCUGGAACGGGACGAGUCAUGGAGUCGGCUAUCUGAAGAACAAAAACGAGGCCUUUGGGUCGAAAUUCGACACGAGAAUGCUACGUACGUGGCGGUACUUCUUCCAGCGUUCUCGACAGGCCAUGACGCCUCGAAGCCAUUUCCCUGGGCAGUCGAUACAGAUGCCAAAGCUGUCGGACAGGCUGACGGAUCCCGAUUCGUCUCACUGCCUUUACUUCUUCUACGAAUGCCACAGGCGCUGAAGGCCGUCAUCAGUGAAUGGCUGUCCAGUGUUUUCGACUGCCACGUGAGCAAGUUGGUGCUGGGAACAAAGACGCUCGUCAACGUCUGGGAGGGUUGGAUUAAGACCAGGGGCCUUCCCAACAAGGGGCCAGACUUUGUGUUGACUCUGUCCUUUAACGCGCCCCUUUCUGACACGCAGAAUACUCUAGCGGACUCCGACUCCGACUCCGACUCAAAAGAAGAACCUGGCUUGAGGACUUUGGAAAUUACGAUAUCUCCGUCGGAUCUGCGACGUUUCGUCCGCGCUGGAGACGAAGACGGACAGUACCGACCUUCCACUACCAACACCUGGGCCAACGACGCCCGCGAACGUCGGAGGCUCGCGGGAAGGCACGCGGAUGACGGAUGGGCGUGGCGCUCGAGCGACCGGCCCCCGAACCACCCGUUCACGGAGGCGCUCGCGCGAUACCUGGACCACCAUCUGGCACUGAACCUGUUCCACCCAGGCGUGCGUGUCGUGCAAAUCUCCUGCGGGGCGUUUGUCCUUGCGCAGUCAAGGCUCAAGGUCGUGAAGCUUGGAGACGUGACGGUGGACUUGGCGAGUGCCGCCUGGAUGUUCGUGACGCAGCUGGGCGCGAGGCUACAAGACGAUGGCUUCGCGGCGGUCAGGUGA